AUGGCGAUGCGGGGAGUUAUGAUGUUGUUUUUUCAGGUGCUGAUCCUCUGCUUCCAGGCGAAGGCCUGGCACGCAGUACGGCGAUCGUUUGAGCUCGAGCAGACGGCACCGCAGGAAAAGAUACAUCUCAUCACGGACUGUAUGCACGUCACGUCGGAGGAGGGCGAAUUUUCGUUCGUCAAGCUACCACCGGUACGAUCGACGUCAAAGCAUGGCGCCCACUGGAUGUCACCGGGUGAACUGUCGCCGGAGCUGACGGCGGACGGUGGCGCUAAUCCAGCCAGCCUCGACCCAGACACCGAGCCGGACCCAGCGACCGUGUGCGGUGUGUACUUCGUAGCCGAUCCGGACCAAACCAUUGAAGUUACAAUGAAGCAGGUGAAUGUCGAGUGCCGCACCGGUGGGCUGAUGGCGUUUGUCGAUGGUUGGGAGCUGAACGGGCAGUACUUCCCGGGUGAACACGAUCACGACAAACCGCUCGAGCUGCGGGUGCAGGAAUUCUGCGCAGAGCAAACCGGUGGACCAUGGCCCGCCAAAACUGGAUCGGCUGCCUCCAAUGCUUGGGUGUUCCGAUCGAGCCAGAACGCGGCACUGGUGCAGUACCGUAUCCCGGAGCGUGGCUCAUUCGUACUGUCGGCCCGAUUCCAUCACAAUCCCAAACCUUGCAACAUCAUGGCGGAAGGUCUGGCACCAUACUACAUGUUGCGUAACUAUGGGCAGCGUAGAAAUUGUACACUGACUGCACUGUUUCCGGCCGUCGUAUCCGUUAUCGCUCUGGAAGUAGGAGAAAUCAACGAGAGCGUCCGUUACUGUGAACGUGUCCGGGUAGACGAUAAGCUCGAAAUUGGAGGUUCCGUUGGCCUAGACCCGUCCUAUCAGCAAACGCGUGCUAGCACUAUCUGUGGACGUAGCCGUGGCCGGAUGGACCUGGACCAGACGAUCCUGUGUGGUACCACCUCGGUCCGAUUGAUCUCGAGCGGACGGUACAACAACCAGGCAAUGGUGACGAUGCGCAUGGCCGACGAAUCCGACCUCCGGCUAGCGACGGUAAUCUGCGAAAUGUAAUUCCUGGAACCAGCACAACGAACAGCAAACACACCACACGCUCUCACACACAA